GGCACAUUUGGUCCCGUUAAGGAAGAACCCUUUCCUGCCAUUCCAAGCCCCCCUCCAAUCCAGAGAGCCAGCCUCUCGCUCGGUGUGGCCUUCAAUCCAAAUAAUCACAUCGUUCCGCUGAUGCUAGACCCACCCAGCAGUGAAUACAGCCCCCCACCAAGUCAAGAAGGCCAGUCCAAUGAAGUCUUCACUUACAACAUCCAGAGCCAAAGUGUCAACUCUCCGGUGCGCUGCCCUUACCCUGAACAGCUGGAGCCAACAGCCAACCUGGAGACCCCAUAUUACCUUCCCAGUAGCCAGUCUGGGGCCUACCAGUUCAGUCAGUAUUCCCAGCCACAGGUCUCUCAAGUGCACCAUUUCCCAGUCCACCUAAGCAGCGGCAUUUUGCCCAGUGUCCGCCUCACACCAGCGACACCCAGUAAAUCUGGACCAGCUUUUUUUUCUUUGCCCGCCAAUGGUGGGCUUAUGGCCUAUCAACCUGCCGAAGGCACUCAAGGGUACCUGCAGAACCAUGUAGGGGGACAGCUCUUAGUCCAACAAGCUGCAGCUGGGAGCUCAGGCUACAUCUCAGCAUUUCAGGCUGUACCCUGGAAUGAGUUUUAUGUGCCAGGAGCACCAUUCUCCAGUCAGCUGUGCACGCAGAUGCAGUUGUCUAACUCAGGGGGAGGAUGUUAUCCUGCCGAGCAGGUGCCAGGUGUUCAGAAGCAGAGCGUACCUCCCACAUCCUGCCUGCUUCAGCUGCCCAGAGCACCACUGCCGGGCUCUACCGUGGUGUUCGCUGCAAUGCAAAUGGCACCUGCAGAUCCUGAUUCAAACCCAGACCACCAGUCUCAGGCCGAGCCCCUGGCACCACCUGAGAGAGGCUCCAGCUCUGCCAGCUUCCCUCAAGAGGAACCAAACGUUGCAGAUUUCUCUGAAGAGAACAAGAACUGACUUGGCUUCCUUGUACAAAAGCGGCAAGGGGAUAAAAGAAUAUAACAGUAAUAGAGUUAAAUUCUUUUAAUAUACUGUCUCUUGGAGCAAAAGAGAGAGAAAAUGUGCACUGUAAAAUGAAGCACCUUAAAAGACUUGAAGAAGAGGGGGGAAAUUUUCUCGUUACAAGGACUUGUUCUGAUCUUCGUUUAUUUAUUUAAGUUAUAAAUUUCCUGCUGAAGAAAGAAGCAAUGACAGUCAGUCAGUAGCCCAAAUCCAUUUUGUUGUUUUGCACUUAGGAUUCUUUUGUUUGGUUUGUUAGCUUAAAAAAAAUCCUAAAGUCCACUUCUACCAGGACAACAUGACCCAUUUUACGUUUAAGUCUUUAAUAACAGGUGGACUCAUCUAGGAUGUUCACAUACCGUUCUGUUUAGAUUAUAUCGUGCAGACAAAUACAGACAUAUUCAAGGUCCUGUCAGUAAUAGCCAGCGGUGAGGAACAUUCAUGACAUAGAGGCUGGCAAGGAAUUCAGAGAUAUUGUAAGCAGAGACGGCCCCUGAUGCCUCACUUUCUCAUGCUCCUCAAAUUUAGGGUAAGCAAAUUCAGUGGAAGCUCUUAUAACUUUAAUCCUGUAACAAAUUCAGUGGAAGCUCUUACAACUUUAAUCCUUGCUUGCCCUGUGUUGAAAUUUCUCCGGAACUGUUUUGGAUACAGGAGCUCUCCUUUCUUUCUGCUUGUCCUGUCUGAAGAAAAAAAGUAAUUCGAAGCACAGAGUUAGAGAAGAUAAGGAUCAUGUAGUCCAAAAUCUACAAUCCUCCAAAGAUAUCAUCAAGGCCUCUUCUUAUACAUUCACUUCCAUUGAUUCCAUUCCAAAUUUUUGACAGAUCAACACCACUGUUCAGCUGUUUAUCCAAACUCAAACACAUUUUCUCUUCAGUCACACAGCCCACAAAAUACAUCAUUGUGCUAGAUGUGGCUAUCCAUGUUGGCUACCAAUAGAUGCAGGCUAAAAAUGCAAAAAGAUAGAAAAUGUAGCAAAAAUAGUCACUGAGAUACAGGAAACCAGAAAUCCAAAAACCUGAAGACAGAAUGGAGGGGAAGAGUGUGUUUUCACACUAUAGGACAUGCACUGUGCAAGUGGAGAACCUCGAGAUUAAUCGUGAUACGAACCAAGUACAUUUCAGAAGCUAAUGCCCAAUGCGAAGGCAGAGAGACAGUAGAAAGUGAAGUUCUGGUUAAAUCUGUACAGGCAUGUUGCUUUUUGUUUUGGUAACAUCUGCAGUUACUACUUUUGAAUUCAUUUAUGUUUAAUAACCUGAUUUCCAUCCAGGAUUCUUCCCCUGCUCCCAAUGUUUUGAGUGUCUUUGAUUAAAAAAUAAAAAUAAUUGGUUAAA